AUGAGCAACGCAUACAGGGCCAUCGAGAUUGACGAUGACGAGCUCAAUAAUGCCACGGAGCUGCAGUUUCAGAAUUUCCCAUCGUCCAACACGACGACGAACCCACCUGCAGGAAACAUGUCCUCUGCAAACACGCCACAACCUCGGUCCACAGGAUUCGGCUCGGCGAGUAUCUUUGAACCUGCUCGUCCCACAGCUCAGCAGGAACAGGCAGCAAAGAGCCCCAUCUGGUCGAUUGCAUACUACUCGAGGUUCUUUGACGUCGAUACCAACCAGGUCAUGGAGCGCUUAUUUGCAAGUGUGAUUCCCAAGGACAACUUCUUGGAAGUCAUGGGUGGAAGGCCCGAUCUCUAUGGACCGUUCUGGAUUGCGACGACGGUGAUUUUCGUACUGUUCGUGACAUCGUCGAUUGUGGACUCGAUCAACGCCUACCUCAACAAAACGACAUACCAGUACAACAUCUUCCAGAUGACAUUUGCCUUUGGAACCAUCUACACCUACGCCUUCAUCAUCCCCCUCCUCGUCUGGGGCGCCACAAAGUACUUUGGAUGCCAACCUGAUCUCCUCGAGAUGUUGGCCCUCUACGGGUACGCCCUGACGAUCUGGAUCCCUGUGUCAGUCCUCUCUGUGAUCCCAAUCGAGCUGGCUCGAUGGAUCUUAUUGGGUAUUGGUGCUGGUGUUUCGGGUGUUUUCCUGAUCAGAAACAUGUACCCGGUUCUGCAGCGCGCUGAGGCGCAGAUUGCCAAGAUUAUCCUAAUCCUUGUGAUUGUCCUCCAUGGUGCUUUGGCGUUGGUUCUGAAGUACAAGUUCUUUGCAUAUAAUGCUGCGCCUGAUGCUCCUCCUACCGCACCUACUCCUCCUACCCCUGAAACCCCCAAGUUUUAG